UGCAGCAAACUUUGUCGCCAGUCCCGCAACCCGUCUUGCUCUGGGCUCUGGAAUCACUUCUGCCUUCUUUUCGCGGUAUCCUAAUACUUUCACCAUCCUUUGAAUUUUAUCGCUGCGGUACAAAAGAGAAAGCAUGAAAUCUCACAGCAUCAGUAUUUCCAUCGCUCUCGUUACCUGCUCGAUUCUCCUGUAUCUAUACAGCCGUCUAUUCCGUUGUCCCUCUCGUUUGCGGCAUAUUCCCCAGGUCCCUUUGCCCCCACUGAUCUUGAGCUUUCUAUCAGGAGAAAGCGAGGAUAUUCGAAUUCAGAAAGUGAUCCUACCUUUUGCUCGGUCCUGCCGCACUGGGAUAGUUGUCGUAUGGGCGCUUGGAUCCUGGUAUGUCCAUGUCCUAGAUUACAAGUUCGCCAAAGAACUCAUGGAAAAUAAAUCUAUCCGCAAGGAGCAGCCUAAUGAGGAUAUGCUCUUUUGGCGUUUCACCGGCCGACAUAACAUCUUCUUUGUCGAAGGAGACGAGUGGCGGAAACACUCCUCUGUUGUAAGGGCAUCGCUCCAUGGCAACGUUCCGAUCGACACUUUCUGUGCCCUGGGCAGGACUCUUUUCUCUCUGCUCGGUCAGGGAGGAUCCUUUUGCUGGAGUGACAUUUCGCAUCGUAUCACACUUGACGCCGUUGGAAUCGCCGUAAUGGGCCAUAAUUUCAACGCCCUUGAGCAUCCGGAGAGCACCUUCGUCCAAAUUUACCGGCACGUAAUGCAAGACGUAUCUCGCCCAUUAUAUGUUGCUUUUCCGACUCUCGAAUGGUGGUUUCCGCGCAAAGACGUAGUCCAGAGAAUGGAUAACCUCGUUUCACUUUUCCUCGAGAUCCUUGAAGAGAAAAGGGGACGGCCUGGCAAUGACUUUAUCACCUACUUGAUUCAGACUCCAGGCAUGACGGAAGCUGAAUAUCGAGAUAGCAUUGUUACCCUCUUUAUGGCUGGCCAUGAUACAACUGCAGGCGCACUUUCAAGCUUGAUCUUUUACUUUGCAUUUUUCCCGACAUACCAGGCUCGAGCUCGGGAUGAAGUUCUGAGUGUCCUAGGACCCGACAGUGACCCGAACAUCCCGGAUUUCGAUAAAAUGCCUUUCCUGCAAGCAUGCAUUCGGGAAUCUAUGCGUAUGAAUAGCCCGUCGACAGUCACCAUUCCCCGAGUCUCCUCCGAGACCCUGCACAUUGGUGGUUAUGCUUUGCCCGCAGGCAUACCAAUCGUCCUUAAUAUCCACGCCGUCUUGCAUAACAGUCAGACAUGGAAAGACCCGGGUGCGUUCAAUCCAGAACGCUUCAUCAGUGCCAACAGCACUGACGAUGGGAAAUGGAUGCCCUUUGGGGCGGGACCGCGGCAGUGCCCUGCGCGUAAUUUUGCACUCUAUGAACUUCGCACGUUAUCGUGCAUGCUCCUGCGGGAAUACCGGUGGAAUUCACCACAAGAAUCGAUUCAUUCCAGUGGGAAGUUGAAGAAUCGCUUUUCUGCGUUUGCUUUAAACCUUCCGUAUGACCUGUACAUCAAUUUCGUUCGCAUUACAAAGUAGUAUUUAUUCCUUUGAAUCGGAUACGCCGAUCAAUUUGUAGUAAAAACGAGACAUUCAAAUUGGUAUACAAAUU